UCCGCGGCAGGGGUUGGUAAGGUCGGGCCAUGGUGGGGCAGAGGUUGGGAAGAUGGCGUGGCGCGGCUGGGCACACAGAGGAUGGGGCUGUGGCCAGGCGUGGGCUCAGCCGGCGGGCGGCCGCAGCUGCGAGGAGCUCCCUGCGGCCCUGGCCCCGCCGCGACUGCUCGGACGCAGGUUUAACUUUUUUAUUCAGCAAAAAUGUGGAUUCAGAAAAGCACCCAGGAAGGUUGAACCUCGAAGAUCAGACACAGGAACAAGUGGUGAAGCAUACAAGAGAAGUGCUUUGAUUCCUCCUGUAGAAGAAACAGUCUUUUAUCCUUCUCCCUAUCCUGUAAAGACCCUUGUAAAGCCCUUGUUUUUUACUGUUGGGUUUACAGGCUGUGCAUUUGGAUCAGCUGCUAUUUGGCAGUAUGAAUCACUGAAAUCCAGGGUCCAGAGUUAUUUUGAUGGUAUAAAAGCUGAUUGGCUGGAUAGCAUAAGACCACAAAAGGAAGGAGACUUCAGAAAGGAGAUUAACAAGUGGUGGAAUAACCUAAGUGAUGGCCAGCGGACUGUGACAGUCUUUUCCCUAGUUGUAAUCUCUUCAGCCAGAGACACUCUACUUCUGUGCAGUGCUGUGGUGCUUGCAAUUUCCAGAAGUGUAUGCUGUAUGUCGCUGGUUUCAGAAGGUAGCCUGCGGAACCCACAGGGUAUCAUAGCAGCAAAUGUUUUUGUAUUCUGUUUAUGGAGAGUACCUUCUCUACAGCGGACAAUGAUCAGAUAUUUCACAUCUAACCCAGCCUCAAAGGUCCUUUGUUCUCCAAUGUUGCUGUCAACAUUCAGUCAUUUCUCCUUGUUUCACAUGGCUGCAAAUAUGUAUGUUUUGUGGAGCUUCUCCUCCAGCAUAGUGAACAUUCUGGGCCAGGAGCAGUUCAUGGCAGUUUACUUAUCUGCAGGUGUUAUUUCCAAUUUUGUCAGUUAUGUAUGUAAAGUCGCCACAGGAAGAUAUGGACCAUCACUUGGUGCAUCAGGCGCGAUCAUGACCGUGCUUGCUGCUGUCUGCACGAAGAUCCCGGAAGGGAGGCUCGCCAUUAUCUUCCUUCCAAUGUUCACAUUCACAGCAGGGAAUAAAUGUCAAUGCUGGAGGAAUCAAAGUUGUACCAGUUCUGUUAUCUUUUGCUGGCUUUCAGGCCCUAAAAGCCAUUAUUGCCAUGGAUACAGCAGGAAUGGUCCUGGGAUGGAAAUUUUUUGAUCAUGCGGCACAUCUUGGGGGAGCGCUCUUUGGAAUAUGGUAUAUUACUUACGGUCAUGAACUCAUUUGGAAGAACAGGGAGCCUCUAGUGAAAAUUUGGCAUGAAAUGAGGACUAACAGCCCCAAAAAAGGAGGCGGCUCUAAGUAAAACUGGGAUUGGAUGAGACUGGUGCGUGUGGCCCCCGCUGCCUGGAGAGCCCCAGGAACACGUCGGCCCCGGAGCGACCACAUCUUUGCUCCUGCCUGGAAGACACCCGGCAUCUAGCUUUCCCAGUAUUUUAAACUCUGUCCCCAGUACAUGUCUUAUUAGAAAGUGAAUUAUGACAAAGUUGUGAAAUAAAGGUUUCUAUCUCUAGUUUGUA